AUGCACAAGGCCGCUUACCUCACUGUUUCCCUCAAUGAGCUCCUUCAGAAUCUCGGAAUUCCUCUCCCAUUCGCACUCGAGUCCCCUGCCGACCUCACCCCAGGUCUUCUCCUCGGCAUCCUCGAGUCCGUCCUCCACACGCGUCUGCCUAUUUCCGCUGAGAUACGCUCCUCGCGGGAGGUCGCAAGCCAGGUCGAAGCCAUGAAGAUCUUCCUCGGCGUUCUGGAGACCGACGUCAUGAACGGCGAGUGUGUUGGGCUGAGCGACGUCGACCCGCGUCGGCUGGCCGCGGGCGAGGACGACGAGGUGGAGUUUGUCGGUGAGCUCCUCUGCUGGCUCGGGCGACAGAAGGGUCUCCUCGCCGGCCCAUCGUACGGUGCGGACCCGCCGCCUGUCAUGCCCCUCCGGCUGCACACGCACUCUUCCUCCCCGUCGGUGCAGUCCACUGUCACAAGCGCUGCACACUCCAACCUCUCCAUGGUACCCUCUGGCCUCGCGGAAUCAGACACGACCAUGAUGUCAACACCCUCGGAGCAGCUAGCAGCUCUGGCUCCCACUGAGCUCCCGGACCUGUCCUCCCUCCCCCCAGUCGCGCUUACAAGCAGUACGCGGACGGUGCGGUCGCAAGCGAGGUGCAUACACGAAGUAGAAGACCCCUUCUUUGCGCUCGGAAUGAGCCAGGACGUGUCCACGCUCAGUUCGGUCUGCCACUGCGACGACGCGGAGGACGAAGGCGACGACCUUCCCCCAACGCCCAAGACGCCGUUGCCGUUUCGCUACGCAGGGCUUAUCCACAACGCGGACGAAGGCACGGAGCUCCGGUCAUACUAUCAACGGGGGACUCCCAGCAGCAACUCCUCUACUUCUCGACGCGGACAACGGAGGAUCGUCACCCCGCACAACGCGCCGACAGAAUACACCCUCGCGCUGCUGAACGAACGGGCAAGACUGCUGUCAGAGCUAGCCAAGGUGAAGGGAUCUCCGUCAAGCUCUUAA